GACGAGGACGAGGUCGGCCGUUCCUUGCUGCACUCGAAUCCCACGGGCGUCAACCCGGGCCCCUUCGAUGACCACCACGGUGGCUAUGGAGUCCCCGACCGUCCACACUCCGCCUACAGCCUGACAGAAACAUAUGCUACCGACAGCACACCCACCACCAGAUACCCAGGCCAACGCCCGGAUGGCUCCGAUGUCUACUCGGCCACCGGCCACUAUGAUCCAGCCGCCGACUUUGGCGCCCCUGCUCGUGCCCCUUCGCCAUACUCGCGCAGCGAGACCAGCUCCACCGAGGCCUGGAGGCAGCGCCAGCAGCCCGGCGGCGCUGCCGGCGGCCUCAAGCGUGGCAUGACCCGAAAGGUCAAGCUCGUCCAGGGCUCCGUGCUGAGCGCAGACUAUCCGGUCCCCAGCGCCAUCCAGAAUGCCAUCCAGGCCAAAUAUCGAAACGACCUCGAGAGCGGCAGCGAGGAGUUUACCCAUAUGCGAUACACUGCCGCGACGUGCGACCCUAACGACUUCACCCUCAAGAACGGCUACAAUCUGCGCCCGGCCAUGUACAAUCGCCACACCGAGCUUCUCAUCGCAAUCACUUAUUACAAUGAAGACAAGGUCUUGACGGCCCGCACGCUGCACGGCGUCAUGCAAAACAUCCGCGACAUUGUGAACCUCAAGAAGUCCGAGUUUUGGAACAAGGGCGGCCCGGCUUGGCAGAAGAUUGUCGUCUGCUUGGUCUUCGACGGUAUCGACCCUUGCGACAAGGGCACUCUCGAUUUGCUUGCCACAAUCGGAGUCUACCAAGACGGUGUCAUGAAGAAGGAUAUCGAUGGCAAGGAGACCGUUGCUCACAUUUUUGAAUACACUACGCAAUUGUCCGUCACUCCCAACCAGCAGCUCAUCCGGCCCCACGAUGACAGCGCGAGCACGCUCCCGCCCGUCCAGAUGAUGUUCUGCUUGAAGCAGAAGAACAGCAAGAAGAUCAACUCGCAUCGAUGGCUCUUCACUGCCUUUGGCCGCAUCCUCAAUCCCGAGGUCUGCAUUCUGCUCGAUGCCGGUACCAAGCCCGGCCCCAAGUCGCUCCUUGCUCUGUGGGAGGCGUUCUAUAACGACAAGGAUCUCGGUGGUGCCUGCGGUGAAAUCCACGCCAUGUUGGGUAAGGGCUGGAAGAACCUGCUCAACCCCCUUGUUGCGGCGCAGAACUUCGAGUACAAGAUCUCCAAUAUUCUGGACAAGCCGCUCGAGUCCUCAUUUGGCUACGUCUCGGUGCUGCCCGGUGCGUUCUCCGCCUACCGAUUCCGCGCCAUCAUGGGCCGUCCUCUGGAGCAGUACUUCCACGGUGACCACACGCUCUCCAAGAUUCUUGGGAAGAAGGGUAUCGAGGGUAUGAACAUCUUCAAGAAGAACAUGUUCCUGGCCGAAGAUCGUAUUCUCUGCUUCGAGCUGGUCGCCAAGGCCGGAUCCAAGUGGCAUCUGACGUAUGUCAAGGCAUCCAAGGGUGAAACCGACGUUCCCGAAGGCGCACCCGAGUUCAUUGGCCAGCGUCGUCGUUGGCUGAACGGUUCCUUCGCGGCCAGUAUCUACUCGCUGAUGCACUUUGGCCGCAUGUACAAGAGCGGUCACAACAUCAUUCGCAUGUUCUUCUUCCACAUUCAGAUGUUGUACAACACCUUCACCGUCUUCCUCUCCUGGUUUGCUCUGGCUUCUUUCUGGCUCACUACCUCGGUCAUCAUGGACCUAGUCGGUAACCCCAACCCGGACACCAAGCGCGAUGCCUGGCCCUUCGGAAACACCGUCACUCCGAUCUUGAACGUCGUCCUGAAGUACAUGUACCUCGCCUUCCUCGGCCUCCAGUUCAUUCUUGCCCUGGGUAACAGGCCGAAGGGUUCCAGGUGGUCGUACAUGGUCUCCUUCUGCGUCUUCGGUCUCAUCCAGUUCUACAUCAUCGUUCUCUCCAUGUACCUUGUCGUCCAGGCUUUCACGUCACCCACCUCGGUCGAACUCGACACGUCCUCGACCAAGAACUUUGUCGAAUCGUUCUUCUCGUCGGAUGGCGUGGGUAUCAUCUUGAUCGCUCUGGCGGCUACCUUCGGUCUGUACUUUGUGGCAUCCUUCCUCUACCUGGACCCCUGGCACAUGUUCACGUCCUUCCCGCAGUACCUGCUCAUCAUGUCGUCGUACAUCAACAUCCUCAACGUGUACGCCUUCAGCAAUUGGCACGACGUCUCGUGGGGUACCAAGGGUGCCGACAAGGCCGAUGCCCUUCCCUCGGCAAAGACGGAGAAAGCUUCCGAUGGCAAGCACACGGUCAUUGAAGAGCCCGACCUGCCGCAGGCGGACAUUGACAGCCAGUUCGAGGCAACCGUCAAGCGCGCCUUGGCUCCCUAUGUCCCACCUCCGGAGAACACGGAGAAGACGCUGGACGAUUCGUACAAGUCUUUCCGUACCCAUUUGACGACCUCGUGGAUUUUCUCCAACGCCCUGCUCGCGGUCAUCAUUACUCAAGACAGUUUCAACAAGUUUGGUUUCUCGUCCAACGCCACCAAGCGUACCGCCCGCUUCUUCCAAGCCCUGCUGUGGGCCACUGCCCUCCUCUCCCUCGUCCGCUUCAUCGGCUGUCUGUGGUUCCUUGGUCGGAGCGGUCUGUUCUUCUGCGUUAGGAGGCGGUAA